UCCCUGGCUGUCGUCUCCGCUGGGGGUCCAGGGCCAUGCUCGCACCCCCCCACCCCAACACACACAAUGCGGCGAUUCCUAGAGGAGAUGAGGAACUAUUGCAAGGAGGGGACGGAAUAAGGCGGGGACCUUCCUGUUCCCAGCAAUCCCCCCGGCUUGUGUUGUGUGUGUGAGCCUGGCAGCUGGGAGGGGAGCACACAAAGAGACCCGCUGCCACCCGUGCCUCGGGGCUGCGUCUCCGGCUGCAGCCCCGGCCCCGCGAGGGGAUCGCCCCGGCUGGGCGGGGGCGCGAACAGCAGCCGAGGCAGGAAAUCGCUGCCCGGAGGAAGCGGCCGCGCAGCUCACUCCACAUGACUGGGAUCAUGCCUGGCCCUGCCCCUGCCCCAGGAUUCCCCGACCCGGCCAGGAUCUCCCGCAUGGAGCAAGGGGAAGGGCCCAGGGUCCCGGAUCUCCAGGGCUCUGAGGAAAGGGAGAUCCCGAGAGGUGCCUACACAGCAUGUGCCAGGAUGGAGGAGAAUCCCCAGCGGGAAGGGCCUGCAGGAACGGAGUCUUACGGGAGCCCCAAGCAGGGGGAGGGCCGGCCCGACUGGGAGACGGUGUGCGAGAGCCCCCUGCAGGAGAUCCUGGUGCACCAGCGCACCCACAUGGGUGAGAAGCCCUACAAGUGCCCCGAGUGCGGGAAGAGCUUCCACCAGAGCUCCCACCUCAUCCGGCACCAGCGCAUCCACACCGGGGAGCGCCCCUACAAAUGCGGCGAGUGCGGCAAGGCCUUCAGCCAGAGCUCGCUGCUGACCCGCCACCAGCGCACCCACACCGGGGAGCGCCCCUACAAAUGCCCCGACUGCGGGAAGAGCUUCAGCCGCGGCUCCAACCUCAGCCAGCACCAGCGCAUCCACACCGGGGAGCGCCCCUACCAGUGCACCGAGUGCGGCAAGAGCUUCACGCUCAGCUCCCACCUGAUCCGCCACCAGCGCACCCACACCGGGGAGCGGCCCCACAAAUGCGGCGAGUGCGGCAAGGCCUUCGCCGAGAGCUCCCACCUCCGCCAGCACCGCCGCACCCACCGGGGCGAGCCGCCCUACAAGUGCCCCGACUGCGGGCGCGCCUUCGCCCUGAGCCUGGACUUCGUGCAGCACGUGCGGGAGCACACGGAGCGCCGGCCCUACCGCUGCGGGGCCUGCGGGCGCCGCUUCCCCCUCAGCUCGGCCCUCUCGCAGCACCGCAAGAGCCACCACCGCCCCCCGGCCGCCCCCAAGGCCCACCCCUGCGGGGUGUGCGGGAAGGUGUUCGGGAAGAGCUCGCACCUGGUGACCCACCGGCGGGUGCACACGGGCGAGAAGCCCUUCGCCUGUGCGGAGUGUGGGCGCGGCUUCAGCCAGAGCGCCGACCUGGCCAAGCACCGGCGCACCCACACCGGCGAGCGGCCCUACCCCUGCCCCGAGUGCGGCAAGCGCUUCAGCGUCUCCUCCACCCUGGCCAAGCACCAGCGCAGCCACAAGGGCGAGCGGCCCUACCCCUGCCCCGAGUGCGGCAAGCGCUUCAGCCAGAGCUCCAACCUCGCCCAGCACCAGCGCAGCCACCGCGGGCACCGGCCCUACCGCUGCACCGAGUGCGGCAAGGCCUUCGCCCAGAGCUCGGCCCUCCUGCAGCACCACCGCACCCACACCGGCGAGAAGCCCUUCGCCUGCCUGCAGUGCGGCAAGGCCUUCAGCCUCAGCUCCAACCUGCACCAGCACCGGCGUACGCACCGCGGAGACGGUGGGCUGGGCCGGCCCUACCAGUGCCCCGAGUGCGGGAAGAGCUUUGCCCGCAGCACCCUCCUGAUCCGGCACCAGCGGAUCCACACCGGCGAAAAGCCCUACAAGUGCGGGGAGUGCGGGAAGAGCUUCUACCAGAGCUCCAACCUGGUGCAGCACCGGCGCGUCCACACGGAGGAGAAACCGUUCGGCUGCCCCGACUGCGGGCGCGGCUUCCGCCACAACGCCCACCUGGCGCAGCACCGGCGCGUCCACACCGGCGAGCGCCCCUUCCCCUGCCCCCAGUGCGGCAAGGCCUUCAGCCAGCGCUCCAACCUGCUGCAGCACCGGCGCGUCCACACCGGCGAGCGCCCCUUCGUCUGCACCCACUGCGGGAAGGGCUUCAGCGACAGCUCCAACCUGCUGCAGCACCUGCGCACCCACACGCCGGAGAGACCCUAUCCGUGCCCCGAGUGCGGGCGCAGCUUCCGUCACGGCAAGCACCUGACCCAGCACCGCUCCCUGCACACGGGCCAGAAAUCCCACCGCUGCCCUGACUGCGGGAAGGGCUUCAACUGGAGCUCCCACCUCGCCCAGCACCGGCGCAUCCACACUGGGGAGCGGCCCUACCAGUGCCCCCAGUGCGGGAAGGCAUUCACACAGAGAUCCAAUCUCUUGCAGCACCAGGCCCUCCAUCGCCCUGCCCAGGACCUGGCUGAGCAGCUGCAGAUGAACCAUGUGGCUUAGGGAUGGCUGGGGUUAGAGGUCAUGCUGGAGAGGAGAGAGACCCGCCUCUCAGCAUCGGAUGCCUGGGGUCAAAGGUCUGACGAUGUCCGACACUCAGGACUCCCCCACAGCAUGGACACACCAACGGGACCCCACUCGGACAUGCUGCCAGAGAAUGCGGGGGUGGAUUAAACAAGCUCCCUGAGGGGACUUACUUGCUGGAGAGGAGAGCUGGGGACAUUAUUAAUAAAGGGUGUAAAGCA